UGUCUCUCUCUCUUCAUCAUCAUCCAACAACCUCAUAUCAGAAGCCAAAGAACCCAAAAAAAGAAAAGAGAAAAAAAAAAUACCCCAGAAUUAAUAUAAAACAUUCCCCUUUCUGCAAAAAGAGAGCUGGAUCAUCAGAAAAACAGAGCAAAUUAAAACAAAACAUAAAUGAGACCGCCACCACCGCCAAGAAGAUCACUGGAGCUAUCAGCAGCAUCCCAAGUAGCUGAAUUUGGCCUCGUCCACCUCUCUCCGUCGCUAUCCUCCCCUCCCCCCACCAGACAAACGACAUGCGUUUCGCACACCUGCCGCUGGUGGCCCUACUCUGGCUCCAAAGAGUUCGAGGCCAACGCGGCCAUGGUCAUCAUCAUCCUCCUCUCCGCCCUCAUUUGUGCUUUGGGCCUCAACGCCGCCAUCCGCUGCUUCCUCCGCGGCGGCGGGAGCGACGACAACAACAGCCCACGAGGCAACGACGAUAACAGUCAUCUUCCGCAGACCCAGCAAGAAAUGGUUCAAGCUCAGCAGAAGAGCAAUGUGGCGGGAGUUUCGUGCCUGGAGGGGGCGCCGGAGAUGUUCUAUUCGGCGGAGAUGAAGGCGAGGCUGGCUGGGGAGGAGGCGGAGUGCGCCAUUUGCUUGUCGGAGUUUGUGGAGGGGGAAGGGAUCAGAGUGCUGGGGAGGUGCAAACAUGGAUUCCAUACUCACUGCAUACAGGAGUGGCUGUCUUCACACUCCUCUUGUCCCACGUGCCGCCGCACGUGCCUUCCUCCAUCGCCGCUUCCAUCGCCACCACAACCCACCACGGACAAUAGUUCCCAGCAAAUUCCCGCGCCGGAAAGCGAUCCAUAGAGCUAGCCACUGUACACAACAUGUAUGCAACUAGUAAUUUCGAAUUCGAGUUGGAAGUUUUUUCAGUUAUUUAAUUGUUGCCAUAAUAACUUAAUUUAAUUAAUUUGGUACUAAUUAAUCACUAAGCAAAAAUUAUCAAAACCCUUUUAGCUAAUAGACAAACCAGCAUAGUAAGUAGAUCAUUUUACUUAUCUGCAGCUGUAAAAAUAACCGUCCAGGUUCAUUCGACUUUUACUGAACAUGCAUUUGGCCUCU